AUGUCUUCAACGGUUUUGAGUACCGAAAUUCAUCCUAACUUGACGGAAGAAUCGAUUGAAUCUUUAAACAAAAAUCGCAUUCUCACAGUUUUGGACCUUGCGAAAACCGACGAUGACCGUUUACUGCGAAUUACAAACCUUAGCUUUGAGGAAAUAACCGCCAUCAAAGCCGCUCUGGUGAACUAUUACUCAGGAUACAACAUUCCAGUUACGGAUUAUUUCCGCUACCUUACUGAAGUGGUUCAACCAAUCUGCACUGGCAUACGGGGGUUGGAUCUACUGCUUGAAGGUGGUAUGUUGCCAGGACAUGUUCUGGAAAUUUGUGGCGAAUCCGGUUCUGGAAAAACUCAACUUUGCACCUCAAUCGCGCUGAACAUUGCCAAACGGCAACAGCUGGAUGUCCUGUACGCCGAUUGCAAAUGUGAUUUUUCGGCGAGCAGAGUACACCAGAUACUGACUGCAAAUAAAUAUACGGACCAGGAAAUUCACGAUACGAUGUCACGAAUUACUGUGGAACGAUUUUUUUCGCCAGAAAGUCUAGUAGAAGCAAUGGAAAGCUUCCGGAACCAAAUCGAUGAUUUAGAUAAGUUCAAAGUACUGAUCAUAGAUUCACUCCCCGCCCUGUGGUAUCUAUACCAAAAUUCCAAGAGUAAUUGCUAUCCGUUAGGGCUGCUAACCAAACUGAUUGGCAUACUACGAAAGCUUGCCACGGAAAACUUUCUUUGCAUUAUCGUUGUUAAUCUGCUGAUUUCAUCAGCAGAUGUAGCUAGACCAAAUGAUUCUCGACGAUUAACACAAAGCUUAAGGGAAAACGGGUCAUAUCCUGCUUUAGGAAAGCUUUGGCAAAGUGCUCCAACGACCCGGAUUGUAAUCAGUAAGCUGGAAGGGAACAUCGUCGGACCUGAACGACUGAUAACUAUAUGGAAAUGCAACUACCUAAAAACCGGCGAUCGGCAAAUGGUGACAAUAAGUGAUAAGGGAACUAGUUAGCUAUACUGGCCUUCGUGUUUAACGGCUUACUAGAUACAACUUCGGGUAAU